GCACCGCCUACAUCAGGAUCAAGCCCAAAACGAUAAUGCUCUACAAACCUAUCUUUUUGGUCACGCCUCUAUAUAACAUAUCUAUCACCACACCUCCUCUUACAAGCAUAGCAUUUAGUUUUGUUAUAGCCAAAGGAGAAGAAGGAAAAAGACACGAAAAUGAUGGGAGUUGGCACAUAUGGGUACACUGCACCAGCCACCAGUAAAAGUGGUGGUGGUGCUGCAGGCUAUGAUGUUCCUGAAGGGGUCGAAAUCCGGGGAUGGUUCGAUGAAGAAUUUGCCAAGAUUCUAACCAAGGAGGCUUUGGCAUUUGUGGCGGAGUUGCAGAGGGAGUUUAGGAACCGGAUUAAGUAUGCAUUGGAGUGUAGGAAGGAAGCUAAGAGGAGGUACAAUGAGGGGGCUGUGCCAGGGUUUGAUCCAGCUACCAAGUUCAUUAGGGAAACAAAUUGGGUUUGUGCACCUGUCCCACCAGCUGUGGCUGAUCGGAGGGUGGAGAUUACAGGACCUGUGGAGAGGAAGAUGAUCAUCAACGCUCUCAAUUCUGGAGCCAAAGUUUUCAUGGCUGACUUUGAAGAUGCACUGUCUCCAACUUGGGAGAACCUAAUGAGAGGCCAAGUGAAUCUGAAGGAUGCUGUUGAUGGGAGCAUAACCUUUCAUGACAAGGCCAGAAACAGAGUUUACAAGCUGAAUGACAAAAACACAACCAAGCUUUUUGUGCGCCCAAGAGGAUGGCACUUGCUUGAGGCUCACAUUUUAAUUGAUGGAGAGCCUGCAACUGGUUGCCUUGUGGACUUUGGCCUUUAUUUCUUGCACAACUAUGCAGCCUUCCGCCAAACCCAAGGUGCAGGGUUUGGCCCUUUCUUCUAUCUCCCUAAAAUGGAGAAUUCAAGGGAAGCAAAAAUAUGGAACUGUGUGUUUGAGAGGGCAGAGAAGAAGGCAGGGAUAGAGAGAGGAAGCAUCAGGGCAACUGUUCUGAUUGAAACACUUCCAGCUGUGUUUCAAAUGGACGAAAUUCUGCAUGAGCUAAGGGAUCACUCUGUUGGGCUGAACUGUGGAAGAUGGGAUUACAUUUUCAGCUAUAUCAAAACCUUCCAGGGUCACCCUGACCGACUGUUACCAGACCGGUUUCUGGUGGGCAUGACUCAGCAUUUCAUGAGGAAUUACUCUGAUCUCCUCAUCAGGACAUGCCAUAGGCGGGGCGUGCACGCCAUGGGGGGGAUGGCAGCUCAAAUUCCAAUCAGAGAUGACCCUGCUGCAAAUGAAGCAGCACUGGAUUUAGUGAGGAAGGACAAGUUAAGAGAGGUGAAAGCAGGACAUGAUGGGACAUGGGCAGCUCAUCCAGGGCUAAUCCCAGCCUGCAUGGAAGUCUUCACCAACAACAUGGGCAGCAACACCCCUAACCAAAUCCAAUCCAUGAGGAGAGAAGAUGCAUCAAGCAUUACUGAAGAAGACCUCUUGGAGAGGCCCCGAGGUGUUCGAACGCUGGAAGGCCUCCGCCUGAACACCCGAGUCGGGAUCCAGUACUUGGCAGCAUGGCUGACUGGGACAGGCUCAGUGCCUCUCUACAACCUCAUGGAAGAUGCUGCAACAGCUGAGAUAAGCAGGGUGCAGAACUGGCAGUGGAUCAAGUAUGGAGUGGAGCUGGAUGGAGAUGGGCUUGGAGUGAGAGUUGGGAAGGAGCUGUUUGGGCGAGUGGUGGAGGAAGAAAUGCAGAGGAUCGAGAGAGAGGUUGGGAAAGAGAAGUUCAAGAAGGGAAUGUAUAAGGAAGCUUGCAAGCUCUUCACCAGGCAAUGCACUGCUCAAACACUUGAUGAUUUUCUCACCCAAGAUGCUUAUAAUCACAUUGUCAUGCAUCAUCCAAGGGGGUCAUCCAGGCUCUAAAAUCAGAUUAUCUUAAUUAAUUACCUGGUUUUUCAAUGUUUAGUUUAAGGAUCAGCUCCUCUAGCAGUCUUUGCCAAAUCAAUAAUAAUGUACUCUCUCUCUCUCUCUCUCUCU